AUGGUGGCAGAUGGUGCUACCAGACCACCGAAAACCGGUGCCCGCGUAGAACCCGGGGAGAUUCGUAGCACGUCGUCACCUUCCAGAGCACCUUCUGUAGCCACUGACACAUCCAGGAGAGUGACGCCUGUAAAGGUUCGCAAGCGCAGGCAGAGGGUUUAUACCCCUGCUACUCCAGGUGGUAAGGCUGAAAGCGCCGCUGAUACCGUAUCCAAUGCCCCCGCUACCCCCACUCCGACGAAGACAUCGUCAGCCAGAGCUCAACGUAUGGCCUCAACGGUGAAGCUGGUGCCCAGCACUUCCGACACUGGCUCGCAUAUGACGGAGUCUGAGGCUGGAUCCAUGGCCAUAAUGGCGGAGUACAUGUCUAACAACAACGAGGAUCUCUGGUACCUCUCUGGUCUCAGGUGCUGGACCAACACGCAGACAUAG